GUGACAAUAGUGACAGUUAUAUUUACGCCUUGUCACUAAAACUCUAUUAUUACUAAUUAUCAUAAUAAAUAUGACAAUGGAUUUUACUGGAAAGGUCGCAUUGGUUACAGGCUCGUCAUCGGGUAUCGGACGAGAAGUGGCCCUAAAGUUGUCGUCUAUGGGCGCGGAUGUAGUGAUCACUGGUCUGGAAGAGGAGGGCAUCUAUGAAGUGGUCAACACAUGUCAAACACAAUACGCGGGCAAAGCGUUGGGAGUUUACGGCGACUUAACCGACGAUCAGUUUGUCAAACAAUUGGUGGAGAAAACUGUGCAAGAGUUUAGCAAAAUAGAUAUACUGGUCAAUAACGCGGGCAUCUUGGUCAAAACUGAUAUUGAAGCGCCAGGCUAUAUGGCCUCGUUUGAUCGGGCAAUGCGGGUAAAUGUGAGAUCGAUGCAAUUGGUGACACACCUAUCGGUGCCGUAUUUGGUGGCUACCAAUGGCUGUAUUGUUAACACAUCCAGUCUGUGCGCUAAUAAACCUUUCCGGACGGAAAUCGCGUACUGUAUGUCUAAAAGUGCUGUCGAUAUGUUUACCAAGUGUUUGGCACUAGAGUUGGGACCCAGAGGGGUUCGAGUCAAUAGUGUUAACCCGAGCGAAAUUCGCACCCCAUUAAUAAGCACUGACAUAGAAAUUCACGAACGCUUUUGGCAACGGAACAGCCCAUUGGGCCGAAUCGGCGAACCGGCAGACGUGGCCAACGCCGUGGCAUUCCUCGCCUCACCGAUGGCUGCGUUCAUAACAGGCGCUCAUUUGCCGGUCGACGGCGGCUAUCGGUUAACAUCCGAUAGAAGUUAGCAAUUUAUUAAUUUAAUUAAUAUA